GGCCUCAAGUUGGGGACCCUGGUGGAGGAGGGGGGCAUGCUCCAGGACCCAGUCCAACCCCAGACGUUGCCUGAGGCUUCCCUCCAGCUCCCCUCCCUUCUUUUCUUCCCGCCCUCUCUCUCCCUUCCUCCUCCCCCCACCCCAGGCUGGCGUGCCAGGGGGUGGGACAUGCCAAUCACUGGCUGUGCCUCUCCGGCUGCCAGCACAGGACGCAGCUCCCCCCGGGAGCCAGGUGUUUGGGUCCCUGGAGACACCGCCAGCCCCCGGGAGGCAGUGGGGUUGAGGACCCUACAGACCCCUCUCCAGCCUCAUGGCGAUGACCUCCUCCUGAGGAAGCCCUGCUGUGUGACUAGAGGAAGGGGCUGCCCCCUCAGCCCCACCCGGCCACCAUGAAUACCUCGGCCCCACCUGCCAUCAGCCCCAACAUCACGGUCCUUUCCCCAGGAAAGGGGCCCUGGCAAGUGGCCUUCAUUGGGAUCACCACGGGCCUCCUGUCGCUGGCCACAGUGACGGGCAACUUGCUGGUGCUCAUCUCCUUCAAGGUCAACACGGAGCUCAAGACAGUCAACAACUACUUCCUGCUCAGCCUGGCCUGCGCCGACCUCAUCAUCGGCACCUUCUCCAUGAACCUCUACACCACGUACCUGCUCAUGGGCCACUGGGCGCUGGGCACGCUGGCCUGCGACCUGUGGCUGGCCCUGGACUACGUGGCCAGCAAUGCCUCCGUCAUGAACCUGCUGCUCAUCAGCUUCGACCGCUACUUCUCCGUGACCCGGCCCCUGAGCUACCGCGCCAAGCGCACACCUCGCCGGGCCGCCCUGAUGAUCGGCCUGGCCUGGAUGGUUUCCUUCAUCCUCUGGGCCCCGGCCAUCCUCUUCUGGCAGUACCUGGUGGGGGAGCGGACGGUGCUGGCCGGGCAGUGCUACAUCCAGUUCCUCUCCCAGCCCAUCAUCACCUUCGGCACCGCCAUGGCCGCCUUCUACCUCCCGGUCACGGUCAUGUGCACGCUCUACUGGCGCAUCUACCGGGAGACGGAGAACCGGGCCCGGGAGCUGGCGGCCCUGCAAGGCUCCGAGACCCCCGGGAAGGGGGGCGGCAGCAGCAGCAGCUCCGAGCGGUCCCAGCCGGGGGCCGAGGGCUCCCCCGACGCCCCGCCAGGGCGCUGCUGUCGCUGCUGCCCGGCCCCCAGGCUGCUGCAGGCCUACAGCUGGAAGGAGGAGGAGGAGGAGGAGGAAGGCUCCAUGGAGUCGCUCACGUCCUCCGAGGGCGAGGAGCCGGGCUCCGAGGUGGUGAUCAAGAUGCCCAUGGUGGACCCCGAGGCGCAGGCCCCCUCCAAGCAGCCCCCCCGGAGCUCCCCGAACACAGUCAAGAGGCCGACUCGGAAGGGCCGGGAUCGGCCGGGCAGGAGCCAGAAGCCGCGCGGGAAGGACCAGCUGGCCAAGCGGAAGACCUUCUCGCUGGUCAAGGAGAAGAAGGCAGCUCGGACCCUGAGCGCCAUCCUGCUGGCCUUCAUCCUCACCUGGACACCGUACAACAUCAUGGUGCUGGUGUCCACCUUCUGCAAGGACUGUGUCCCCGGGACCCUGUGGGAGCUGGGCUACUGGCUCUGCUACGUCAACAGCACGGUCAACCCCAUGUGCUACGCGCUCUGCAACAAGGCCUUCCGGGACACCUUCCGCAUGCUGCUGCUCUGCCGCUGGGACAAGCGUCGCUGGCGCAAGAUCCCCAAGCGCCCCGGCUCUGUGCACCGCACCCCCUCCCACCAGUGCUGAUGGCCCCCUCGCCCUGGUCCCUCCACCCCAGCCCCCGGGCGAGCCCGGGAGAGGGCGGGCAGGGGCUGUGACCUCAGACCCAGGGCCCUGCUCAGCCCUCACCAGGCUUCCCAGGGCCCCCAGGUGGACUUCCUGGACAGCCCAGAGAGACCCUGCCCGCUUGCCACACUUUGCUAUUCCCAGGCAGGGCACGAGCCCGGGGAACUGGUUUUUCUGUUCCCUGCUGCCCGGGAGUGGGCUGUUCACCAGGAAGAAGGCCGGGAGGAGGAUCCGGCCUCUGGAUCCCUUGUUUGCACUUAGGCAGGAAGUUGGUCCCCGAGUCAGCAGGGCGGGCCGGGAGCGAGGUGGUUUCCCACCGCAGUCUCCUUGGCCGGCUGCUGGCCUGGAUUGCGGUGGGAAAAGGCGCCCCCUGUGGCCGCAGCGGGGAACUGGCACCAAACGCUGAGAGAAGUUUGGCUCAAAGGGACCAGGCCCUGGCUGGGGAUCCCCUCCCUCCCCAGGCACAGCCCACUCUGCUGGGCUCCAGGCACACUCUCCAGGAUUGUCCAGCGUCCCUACCAAUGUCCUUGGAGCAUCCCUAUGUGGGUCACCCCUAAGGCAAAUGUCCAAGCAUCAGCAGGACAAUGGCACCAGAGGGGACCGGCUUGGCUAGCCAGCAGCAAGUCCCGAGGCAGCAGCAGCAGCAGACGCCAGGUGUCCUGACUGUCCCACUAUGUCAUUUCCCUGGGAGCGAGGGGCAGAGGUGCCUGCUGUCCAGCCUCACACCUAUAUCCCCUGCCCCAGAGAAACCCUCUGUCCCUCCCUGGCUCACAGCCGCCGCCUGGACAGGUCUGCUCCCCGCAGAUCUAGCCAGGCCUCCUGCAUGCUGCCUGCCUCUGGGCCGCCCCCACAGGCCUGGCCCAGCCAACACGUUCUCUCCUGUGAACUCCCCAGCCCCACCCAUGCAUGGCCUCCCAGCCAUCCUUAUCUCCAGGCCCAGCUCGGCCCCAAAUAUUCUUUUCUUCCAUCCUCAGCAAGUGCUGAGUAAUAAAGCCACAUAAUCAGUGG